AUGCUUCCCCGAUUCCUCCGGCCGCAGAGCACGCUGCGUGCUGUCUCCUCCCUUACACAGAAACCCGCCUCCGCUCUCCCACGCUUCCAGACUCGCGGACUGCAUCGUGUGCCUCAGUUGACUCACGAUACCCACUUCAAGAACAAUGGAAUUCAGGAGCUGUUAUCACCAGAGGCCUUUGACUUCGCUUGGACGCAAUACCAGACCCUUUUGAUUGAUAAGUUGAAUCUUCUUACACAGGGUGAGCUUCAUUCCCUGAGCGGCCGAGAGAGCGCGGACCCAAAUACUGUCGAUGCGGAUGCGAAACCUGGAGAACUGCUGGUCAAGUACUCCCGGCGCCCAGAGAUGGCCUCCGUAUUCAACUACGCCUCUAUGGCUCAUAACAACCAUUUCUUCUUCAACUGCUUGUCGCCCACCCCUACUCAGAUCCCGGACAAGUUCGCCAAGGACAUCGUUGAUACCUGCUCCUCGAUCGAAUCCCUGAAGCUCGACUUCCUUGCAACUGCCAAUGCUAUGUUUGGCCCCGGAUUUGUGUGGCUGGCCAAGAACCUGGAGAGGGAAGGAUUGAUGCACAUCUUCUGCACCUACAAUGCAGGCUCCCCUUACCCGGCCGCUCACUCCCGUCGGCAGCCCGUUGAUAUGGCUACGCACUCCCCCGACGCUCCCUUGGGCAACCAGUUUGCUGGUGCGAUGGGCGCUCACUCCGCGAAUCAGAAGAGCCUAGCUCCCGGCGCUGUCGAUGUCCAGCCCAUUCUCUGUGUCAACACAUGGGAGCAUGUAUGGAUGAUGGACUACGGCAUUGGUGGAAAGGCUGAAUACCUCGAGCGCUGGUGGGAUCGCAUUAACUGGGAGGUUGUGUUCGAUAACUACAACGCGGUCAGCUCGAUGAAGGGCACACGGCAUGCGGCCAAUCGGAACCGCAGCCUAAGCAUGCUAUGA